UCCGCCCCGCGCUCGCUCCCCGCGCUCGCUCCCCGCGUCGCCGCACCUGCCACCAUGUCGCCGCCGCCGGGUCAUGUCUGACUCGCUCUGGACCGCGCUUUCCAAUUUCUCGAUGCCCUCCUUCCCCGGCGGCAGCAUGUUCCGUCGCACCAAGAGCUGCCGCACCAGUAACCGGAAAAGCCUCAUCUUGACCAGCACUUCACCCACGCUGCCCCGACCCCACUCGCCGCUUCCAGGCCACUUGGGUAGCAGUCCCCUGGACAGCCCCCGCAACUUCUCCCCCAAUACCCCUGCCCACUUCUCCUUUGCCUCCUCCCGAAGGGCUGACGGACGCCGCUGGUCUUUGGCCUCACUCCCCUCCUCUGGCUAUGGCACCAACACACCCAGCUCCACCGUCUCGUCCUCCUGCUCCUCCCAGGAGCGCCUGCACCAGCUGCCCUACCAGCCCACGGUGGAUGAGCUGCACUUCCUGUCCAAACACUUCGGCAGCACCGAGAGCAUCACCGACGAGGAUGGCGGCCGUCGCUCCCCUGCCGUGCGCCCGCGCUCCAGGAGCCUCAGCCCCGGCCGCUCCCCCUCCUCCUACGACAACGAGAUCGUGAUGAUGAACCACGUGUACAAGGAGCGGUUCCCCAAGGCCACCGCGCAGAUGGAGGAGAAGCUGCGCGACUUCGCCCGCGCCUACGAGCCUGACAGCGUGCUGCCGCUGGCCGACGGCGUGCUGAGCUUCAUCCACCACCAGAUCAUCGAGCUGGCCCGGGACUGCCUCACCAAGUCCCGUGACGGGCUCAUCACCACUGUGUACUUCUACGAGCUACAGGAGAACCUGGAGAAGCUGCUGCAGGAUGCCUACGAGCGGUCUGAGAGCUUGGAGGUGGCCUUCGUCACACAGCUGGUGAAAAAACUGCUCAUCAUCAUCUCACGCCCCGCAAGGCUGCUUGAGUGCCUGGAAUUCAACCCAGAGGAGUUCUACCACCUGCUGGAGGCGGCGGAGGGCCAUGCCAAGGAGGGCCACCUGGUCAAGACAGACAUCCCGCGCUACAUCAUCCGCCAGCUGGGCCUCACCCGCGAGCCCUUUCCAGAUGUGACCCACUUGGAGGAGCAGGACAGCGGGGGCUCAAACACGCCAGAGCAGGACGACCUCUCUGAGGGUCGCAGCAGCACCUCCAAGGCCAAGAAGCCCCCUGGGGAGAACGACUUUGACACCAUCAAGCUCAUCAGCAACGGCGCCUACGGGGCUGUGUACCUGGUGCGGCACCGUGACACGAGGCAGCGCUUUGCCAUGAAAAAAAUCAACAAGCAGAACCUGAUCCUGCGGAACCAGAUCCAGCAGGCCUUUGUGGAGCGCGACAUCCUCACCUUCGCCGAGAACCCCUUCGUGGUUGGCAUGUUCUGCUCCUUUGAGACGCGGCGCCACCUCUGCAUGGUCAUGGAGUACGUGGAAGGCGGUGACUGUGCCACCUUGCUGAAGAAUAUCGGGGCGCUGCCAGUGGAGAUGGCCCGCAUGUACUUUGCUGAGACGGUGCUGGCACUCGAGUACCUGCACAACUAUGGCAUUGUGCACCGUGACCUCAAGCCAGACAACCUGCUCAUCACCUCCAUGGGCCACAUCAAGCUCACCGACUUCGGGCUGUCCAAAAUGGGGCUCAUGAGCCUGACCACCAACCUGUACGAAGGCCACAUUGAGAAGGACGCCCGGGAGUUCCUGGACAAGCAGGUGUGCGGGACCCCUGAGUACAUCGCGCCCGAGGUCAUCCUGCGCCAGGGCUACGGAAAGCCGGUGGACUGGUGGGCCAUGGGGAUCACCCUCUACGAGUUCCUGGUGGGCUGCGUGCCCUUCUUUGGGGACACUCCGGAAGAGCUCUUCGGACAGGUCAUCAGUGAUGACAUCCUGUGGCCCGAGGGGGACGAGGCGCUGCCCGCAGAUGCCCAGCUGCUGAUUUCCAGCCUCCUGCAGACCAACCCCCUGGUCCGGCUAGGGGCAGGCGGCGCCUUUGAGGUCAAGCAGCACAGCUUCUUUCGAGACCUGGACUGGACGGGGCUGCUGAGGCAGAAGGCCGAGUUCAUCCCCCAUCUGGAGUCGGAGGAUGACACCAGCUACUUCGACACCCGCUCCGACAGGUAUCACCACGUGAACUCCUAUGAUGAGGAUGACACGACGGAGGAGGAACCCGUGGAGAUCCGGCAGUUCUCCUCCUGCUCCCCGCGUUUCAGCAAGGUAUACAGCAGCAUGGAGCAGCUGUCGCAGCACGAGCCCAAGACCCCGGUAGCGGCAGCAGGGGGCAGUAAGCGGGAGCCAAGCACCAAGGGCCCGGAGGAGAAGGUGGCCGGCAAGCGGGAGGGGCUGGGCGGCCUGACCCUACGCGAGAAGACCUGGAGAGGGGGCUCCCCCGAGAUUAAGCGCUUCUCCGCGUCGGAGGCCAGUUUCCUGGAGGGCGAGGCCAGCCCGCCCCUGGGCGCCCGUCGCCGGUUCUCCGCGCUGCUGGAACCUAGCCGCUUCAACGUCCCGCAGGAAGAUGAAGAUGAGGCCCGGCUGCGCAGGCCGCCCCGGCCCGGCUCUGAUCUUCCAGGCUCACUGGAGGCGCGGGCGUCCAAAGAGGGGGCUCCAGGGGAAGGCGCCCCCAGUGCCGGGGACUCAGAGGCCAUUGAACGCCCACGUCCAGGUGACCUCUGCCCACCCUCAAAGGAAGGGGACCCAUCAGGUCCUAGGGCCACCAAUGACCUAGUUCUGCGCCGGGCGCGGCACCAGCAGCUGUCAGGGGACCCGGCAGUAGAGAAGCGGCCUUCUCGAACCGGGGGCAAAGUCAUCAAGUCAGCUUCAGCCACUGCCCUGUCUGUCAUGAUUCCUGCAGUGGACCCGCAUGGAAGUUCACCCCUUGCUAGUCCUAUGUCCCCACGAUCGCUCUCCUCCAACCCCUCCUCGAGGGACUCCUCACCCAGUCGGGACUACUCCCCAGCUGUCAGUGGGCUCCGCUCCCCCAUCACCAUCCAACGAUCAGGCAAGAAGUACGGCUUCACACUUCGAGCCAUCCGCGUCUACAUGGGUGACUCGGAUGUCUACAGCGUUCAGCACAUUGUUUGGCACGUGGAGGAAGGGGGUCCUGCCCAAGAAGCAGGGCUCUGUGCGGGAGACCUCAUCACUCACGUGAACGGGGAACCUGUGCAUGGCAUGGUACAUCCUGAGGUCGUGGAGCUGAUCCUUAAGAGCGGCAACAAGGUGGCAGUGACCACCACACCUUUUGAAAAUACUUCCAUCCGCAUUGGACCCGCAAGACGCAGCAGCUACAAGGCCAAAAUGGCAAGGCGGAACAAGAGGCCCUCUGCCAAGGAAGGCCAGGAGAGCAAGAAGCGCAGCUCCCUCUUCCGGAAGAUCACGAAGCAGUCGAACCUACUGCACACGAGCCGCUCGCUGUCGUCACUGAACCGCUCGCUGUCGUCCAGCGACAGCCUCCCGGGCUCCCCGACGCAUGGGUUACCAGCGCGCUCGCCCACGCACAGCUAUCGGUCCACGCCGGACUCCGCCUACCUAGGUGCCUCGUCUCAGAGCAGCUCACCCGCCUCGAGCACGCCUAACUCUCCGGCGUCGUCUGCGUCGCACCACAUCCGGCCCAGCACGCUGCAUGGGUUGUCGCCCAAGCUGCACCGCCAGUACCGCUCUGCACGCUGCAAAUCGGCUGGCAACAUCCCGCUGUCGCCGCUGGCGCACACGCCGUCCCCGACGCAGGCGUCACCGCCCCCGUUGCCAGGCCACACGGUGGGCAGCUCACACACCACGCAGAGUUUCCCAGCCAAGCUGCACUCGUCGCCGCCCGUCGUGCGCCCGCGCCCCAAGAGCGCAGAGCCCCCGCGCUCGCCGUUGCUCAAGCGCGUGCAGUCAGCGGAGAAGCUGGGUGCUUCGCUAGGUGCCGACAAGAAGGGCGCGCUGCGCAAGCACAGCCUAGAGGUUGGCCACCCCGACUUCCGCAAGGAUUUCCAUGGGGAGCUGGCGCUGCACAGCCUAGCAGAGUCCGACGGCGAGACCCCGCCUACCGAGGGACCUGGCGCCACGCGGCAGGUAGCAAUGCGCCGCCUGGGCCGCCAAGAGUCGCCCCUGAGUCUAGGUGCGGACCCGCAGCCAGAUGGCACCCCUAGGCAGGGGUCCUCGAGCAAGGACAGGGAGUCCCCUGGUGGCGGGGCCGAGGCCUGCACACCACCCCGCACUACGGCCCUUGGUGCCCGGACCCUGGAGCGGGACGCGGGCUGCACGCGACACCAGGGCGUGCAGACAGAGGACGGCGCGGGCGGGAUGGCCAGGGCUGUGGCUAAGGCGGCCCUGAGCCCAGUACAGGAGCACGAGACCGGCCGGCGCAGCAGCUCGGGCGAGGCCUGCGUGCCCCCGGUACCCAUUGUAGUAGAGCCUGCACGGCCUGGGGUCAAAACCGUGGCACCCCAACCUCCAGGCAUGGACCCCAAGGCACUGCCAGAACCUGCGACCCAGGCAACGGUGGCACCCGAGGCCCCACGGGGCCGGGAGCGCUGGGUGCUGGAGGUGGUGGAGGAGCGGACCACGCUGAGUGGACCCCGCUCCAAGCCCACUUCCCCCAAGCUCUCCCCGGAACCCCAGGCCCCGACACCAGCCCCUACAAAGAAUGCACCCAGCAGCACUGCAGGGUCCCCAGCGCCACCCACUUCCCUUCUGGUCCCCAGCACCAAACCUGAUGCAACCAUCAGCUCCCGGGGCCCUGCUGAAGCUACGCCUCCAGUAGGCUUGACCAAAAAAGGGGUUUCCAGCUCUGCACCCCCAGGCCCAUAGCCAAGGAGCCCACUGGUCCUUCUGUACAGCCACCUGUAUACAUUGUACACAUAUAAAUAAAGUGCGUCCAUACUG